AUGAAUCUUCUGCCGGCUGUUUUAUGCUAUAUCGCUGUUUGCCUCGGCCUCUUCAUCUUGUAUAUCUGUCGGCAUUCCCUUCUCUGUGGACCUGUGUGGUGCCUGCUUGAGCAAUGCUUUCAGCGUCUCCGUUUAUUUGUCCCCUUGCGCCUCCGAAUCCUCUGUGGUGGCGUGCUUCGGUGGUGCUUCUAUGAAAAACACUGCCUCUUCCAGAUCGUCUACUUGCUGCUUGUUUUCAUCGCACAUGUAGUGCUCGUGCGUGAUGUUCUGCCUCUCCUCUACACUUACGCCUGGAUGGAAAACCACAUCUUGGUCGGAUUAAUGUGCCUUUUCGCUAACAUUUUAAUGUACCUCGCCGUUUGCCUCAAAGACCCCGGUAUGUUCAUCAGGGGUUUUCUAUGUAUGCGUUAUUUCCAUUCAUCACUGUCGCCUUUUUGCACAUGUAUAACCCCUACAUGA